UUCGAGGUUAGACGAAAUUAUCGUCACUACUCUGAACACUGUGGAAUUGAGGACACGAUUCUUUGUCGCUUAAAUCAAUUUCAUGAAAACCAGAAGAAAAAAUUUCGACCCAUCGCACAUCACAAUGUCCGAUCGACAAACCCAAGAAAGGGAACAAGAACUGGCCAAAAUUCGUCGGUUUAAAGAACGCUCUAAGCAGAUUGAGCGGGAAGAAUCGUCAGAAGAAGAUGGAAGCGACGUCGGGUCCACGAACGAGCAAGAGGACGAAGCUACCACCAAAGACGGAGUCGAAGAAGUCAGUGCUCGUAACUUGAAAGCCUCCACAAAUGCGGUUCAAGCUAUGCUCAAAACGGCCAAAUCCUUGGAGAAGUCUUUGAAGCGGAAGAGGAGCGAGGAUAUUCCUGAUCGGCCAAUGAAGAAGCCCAGAGAGGACGAAAAAGAAGAUGGAAGAGAUGCCAACCCAAACCCUCUAGCCUUUGUCAUUGGAGAGUCUCCCAACAUUGACAGGGACACAGAAGGUUUGUGGCGAACUACAGGGUGUAAUAACCUCGGUAUAAGAAACCGAACAAAAUGUCUAAAUCCGGAAUUGGCGGGGGCAAUCCACACUGAAAGAUCAAGAUCAUUCUGGGAGGAAGUUUUACAACCAGGAAAGUUUCUUAUGGACCUCCUAGAGUCCAAUAUGAAGCUGCAGGUUGUAUCACAGCAAUGGAGGAAAAGCCUCACUUGGUAUUACCUUCAUCCGUGGUGAUGUCCAACAAGAAAAGAUUAGUGGUGGAUGGAUCAAGAAACUUGAACCCUUUUUUGAGGAAGAGAUCAAUCAAACUUUCACACCUAGAAGUUGCCAAUCAAGGUUUGAAGAAAGGUCAAUGGUUUGCCACGUGUGAUUUAGAAAGUGGAUAUCAUCAAAUUUUAAUCAGGCCUUCUCAAAGAAAAGGAAUCAGUUGGACUGAAAACGGCCUAGGAGUUUUUUCCUAGGAGUAAGAGACGCGGUAUAUAUAUUUUCCAAGGUACUGCGACCCCACAUCAGGUUGUGCCAAUCCUUGAGCAUUUCAGUGUCAAUGUACAUUGAUGACAUGACGAUUGUGGACAGUACGUUUGAAGGCUGUGCCAAGGCGUUUCAGAUUGGAAAGAACAUGCUCGAAAAAGCGGGUUGGAAAAUUAAAAAAGGAAAAGGCAUUUGCAUUCCAACGCAAAAAGGAGAAUUCUUGGGGUUGACACAUGACCUUCUUCAACUCAAGUACUUCAUUCCUGAGAAAAAGUUACAAGCUAUCGCAGAUCUUGGGAGAUGGAUCAAGACAUAGAGAAGAGUAAAAGUAAGGAAAAUGGCAUCGUUCUAUGGGAAGGUGGCAGCUUGCUUGUUGGCGUUAGGCCCAGGCGCAACCAUUCUGUUGUGAGAGGGGCACCAUUUUAUUGGAGAAGAAAGUGAAAAAUCUUGGAACUACUACGCCCCCGUUUCAGAAGCUUUAAAAAAGGAAAUCGAAACCAUCAUUCACAUGACACCCAAACUCAACGGGUUUCCUAUCCACCAAAAAUAGGAUUAAUACCUUCCAGAGUAAUUGCCACCGAUGCCUCAGCGACAGGUUUAACAGGACUUGAAGUUAGAUGUGGAUCACACCACAGCCUGGUGUCCACAUGCUUGGCUUCAUGCGCCGACUCUCUCAUAGUUCACAGAAGAUUUUCGAACCUUGAAUUAAGACAGAGUUCAACAUACAGGGAACUGAUUGCUCUUUGAGAGCUCUACUACCUCAGAGCGCACACCUUCGAGGGUCAGUCGAUAUUGCAUUACACAGACAAUGAAAAUGUAUCAAGAAUUAUAAGAAAAGGAUCACCAAAGCCUCUAUUACAAAACUUGGCAAUAGACAUCUUCAGGGCUUGCCAUGAUCACCAAGUACGUAAUAUUACAUGGGCAAUGGGUACCUAGGGCAAACCCGCACCUACUUCUCCCCGAUUUUUAUUCACAAGAACACGACUUAAGCGACCGGGGUCUUGAAAACAAUGCCCUAAUCAAUUUAUUAAGAAGAUGCCCUUUCAAACUGGAAGUGGAUAUAUUCGCAUCGGAAUUCAAUCACAGAUUGCCAAUAUUUCUUUUGAAGCAUCCGUGUCAAUCCCGCUUUGGGGUAAAUGCGUUUGCAUUUAAUUGGGCGUUGUCUGGACCAGGACUGUGUGUGCCUCCUCCAGACCUUAUUCAAGCAACUGCUCAACACAUUAUAAAUUGCAAAUCCAAAGGUCUUAUGGUGGUUCCAAUGUGGAAAGCAGCGGACUUUUGGUUGGCCCAAUGCCCCGAUGGACGACACAUCAUCUCCAUCUUUUUUGACGGAUUUUAUGGCUAUCUUCCGUUGGUGUGCGCACCACAUCUCAAUCGAGUUUUUUAGGGUAUUCCCUCAUUUCCGAUGCUAUAUCUACUUUAUGAUGGAGCGUGCAAGACUCCCAAUGUGUCGUUCAGACAAAAGAACAGAUGCGUUUAUGAUGGAUGCUCAAUGUGCCAAUAUUAAUAGCUCAUUCGUGAGUUGCAAUAUGAGCAAUUCACUUUCAUUUUUGCAAAUUUAACAAAAUAAU